CCGUUGGAUUACGAAGAUCCAAACCAACGUCAAGGGUUCAGCGUUGGUGUACGAGUCUAUGAUGGUCGUUAUUACGCCACAACACGAUUGCGUAUCCGAUUGGAAGACCGGAACGACAACGCACCGGUGUUGUCCGGACCACAACGAGCGCAGGUCUACGAGGAUGCGAAAAGGGGCACCGUUGUCGCCAAAUUCAAAGUUUACGACGCAGACGCAAAUGAUACCACAACGUUGAUGCUAGGCUUUCAGCAAGUAGAUUCUUGUGCACAUCAUUUGGGGUGUUCAUGUGAAGCUGAGGUGGUUGAUUCUAUGGAUUCUUCAUCGUUGCAAGAUGACUUCAAGAUCUGUACUCUUCAUUCAUCGCCUAACAAAUUCUCUACUGCCCAGCUAGCCACAUCGACUGAUUCUGAUUCAGAAUCGUAUUCAAACGCCGCCAUAUCACCAAGACCAUAUACCACCUCGAAUUCGCAUCGCUAUCGUAGAAAUAAUAAGCUACUAUUCACUACGUUUCCACUGUGUUUUGUGUUCUUCGCAUUCGUGCUUUUCACUGAUGGUUUGGGGGGGAACAAACUGCUUGACUUUGGGGCUACUGCCGAGGAGUUUUCACUGCCAUUCGUGGGUGCACAAUUCAGUGGGCAAUCAAGGUUCAUGAGUUAUGCGGGUAAAUCGCAGCGUGAUAUCAUCGUUACGUUCAUUAAAAACAUAAGUGAAGAUACACCUGUCGGGGAGUUACUUGCCACCUUUAAAGCUGAGGAUAAACUUUCACCAACCUAUAAUCUAACGUAA